AAUAUUCCGUCACCUUUUCACUAUUCCUUUAAAAAAGGAACAAAAAUUUGAUCCAAUGCAGCAUGUAGUUACGUCAGAAAAUGUUAUCAGUUCGACUGAAAUAGUUGUUGCCUCUUUUUUUUACGGUGACAAAAUUAAUCUUGUGCAGUCAAAGAAAUCAGCGCGAUGAACAAAAUCGGGAAGAAAUGAUUAACGAACGUCGUUUUACGAAUAUUGCUUCACAUAACCUAAAACUGCGCUGACGUUUCGUCUUCUCGGCGGGAAUCUCGAAAUUUUCAUGUUUUUUGUCAGAUUCGCCUGAAAAUGCCACCAAAUAUUUUGAAAAGCAGCUUAGAAAAUGCUUCCUUCAACAUCAUAUUUCAGAUAUUCUGCCGCUGUGUCACAUUUGUUUUGAACGCAUUUGUUGUUCGACAUGUAGGUCAAGCGGUUUUAGGUGUCAUUAAUGUGAGAUUAUUGUUGCUGGAAUCUAUGAUACUUUUCUUAUCACGAGAACCAUUUAUGAAGGCAUGUUUGACUAAUACUGCUGACCAUAAUUGGGCGCAAGUUGUGAAUCUACUCUGGCUAACAGUGCCUAUAUGCGUUAUGAUGUCUUUCCUGUUUGGAUACGUUUGGUUGUUCUUGCUUCCUAUUACAGAGGCGUUACCACCCUACUACACAUUUGCAGUUUUGGCAGUUGGACUUUCGUGUAUCAUAGAACUGUCUUCCUUAAUUGUACAAUUAGUCGCGAGCGCAUUUCUAUUCGUUAGACUUAAAAUAGUUUUGGACACAAUCAUGAUUGCUAUUCGCACUAUGACGUUUGUCCCGUUAAUAUUGUAUCAUCCAGACAAUGCAUUACUUGCAUUCGGUAUCGCUCAACUCGUCGCAGCAAUAUUUUACACGACUAGUCACUACGCAUACUUCCACUAUCACAUUGCGAAGUUGAAUAAAUGCACACAGAAACGAAGAAUGUCUUUGAAGGACAGCAGCGACGAGUAUGUAGUGAAAGAGUUCCCUUUUCGUACUGUAAACGACUUUUUACCUGGCCAGCUGGAAAAUAACGAUUCAUAUCUUGAUAAAAAGUUAACUAUUCUUACAUGGAGUUUCUUUAGACAAGGAAUAUUAAAGCAAAUUUUAACGGAGGGUGAGAGAGUGAUUAUGACUGUAAUGCCAGUAUUGACGUUCACAGAACAGGGUAUCUAUGAGGUUGUGAAUAAUUUAGGUUCACUAGCCGCUAGAUUUAUUUUCCGUCCAAUCGAGGAAAGCGGAUAUUUUUAUUUCACGCAAAUAGUGAAAAGGGACAAAGCGAUAUCUGAUCAGAAUCCAAUGAAAGUACAAGAGAGUGUAAACGUGUUAACACAUUUGUGUUCAAUCGUUACAUCUAUUGGUCUAAUUGUUCUAGUAUUCGGUCAAUCUUACUCAAGCAUGUUGCUCUGGCUGUACGGUGGUUCGAAGUUGAUCUUACCUUUACCCGUCCUUCUGUUAAGAGCACACUGUCUUGCCGUAUUAUUAUUAGGAAUUAAUGGUGUGACAGAAUGCUACACUAACGCAACGGCCGACAGUGCAACAAUAAAUAAAAGCAACUUAAUCAUGGUUUAUCAAUCAAUCGCAUUCUUGGGCGCCUCGUACAUAUUUGCCACUUGGUUUGGACCUGUCGGCUUUAUUUUUGGCAACUGCGUGAAUAUGAGUCUGAGAAUCAUACAUUCGUCAAUAUUUAUCAACAAAAGGCAUCAGGAUACGAUCUAUCGUCCCUUACGUGGAUUAGUACCAAAGCCCAUGUUCUCCGCGUCUUUACUCGUUGCAGCGCUCAUCACUAAUUUGUCACAUGCUUACUUCUUCACAAAUAAAAAAGUAUUGCACUUACUGAUUGGCAUAGUGAUGUUUACGAUUGUACUUCUAUCUUGGAUGUAUGAAAAUUACGAAUUAAUCAAGCUUGCUACAAACAAGUGGUAUGAAAAGAAAAGUAAACAAAGAAAAAAUGAUUAACUUUAAAUCUUUAUGCCAUGUGGAUUAUUUUAUUUAUGAUUUGUGUAUAUAAAUCAUGUUUGUUACAAUGUAAUAGAUUCGUUACAUUGUCAGAACUUGUAAAUGUUAAAAGACGAUAUAAUAUGUACAAAUAUUUA